AUGAAGUCGUUGACCUUGCAUUCGAUUAUAUUACUUCCGUUGCUGGCGUUGUUAUUGUUGUCGUUGUUAUCGACGCAACACGCAAGUGCUGAAGAGUUACAGCCAAAUAAAAUGGCUGCAGCAGGUGUGCCACCAGCGGAGGUAGAUAAGCCAACUUCCGCGCGCAUCAAUAGGCUGCGUUCGACAUCAACAACAACACAACAGCCGCCGUCAUUGCGUGCGCCGCGGCCCAUGCGCACACCAAGACCCACAACCGUCAUGACACAUCCGACAAGAAGACCGACAACAACAACAACAUUGCCACACUCUACAACUAAACCAGUUACACAUAACUCAAGCAAACAGCCGGCAAACGCACGCGGUGCUCGUCGUUUGGCGUCGCACUCCAAAGAGAAUAUCGCUACGGCAUCGCCUAUUGCGCGCCGCACAACGCGCGCCGCCACCGAUGGCAGCUUGGUGGCGAAUGUGCGCCAAAAUCGAAGCUACCUGAGCGCGGCGGCGACGCAAGGUUUCCAAAAUAGCAACGUUGCGGCGACGGCUGGUAGGAGUGUACAUGGCGCUGGCAAGACAGACACACAACAAAUUGACGGCGGCCAAAUAAAGCGGGUGACACAAAAGACAAACAACAAUAAAAACAACAUCAAUGCAUAUAGACAACAACAGCAACAAGGUAGCAGCAAUAACAAUUAUCGAAAUGUCAGCGUGAAUGGAGGGCGCACGAGCGCGACUACAACUAAACCGCCAUCAACAGCUUCAUCAUCAGUGCCGCCACCGCCGACGCCGCCAAAUGUUGUGACGUCAACAACGACAUCGCUCUCCGCCACUAGCGGUGCUAUACGUACAACAUCAUCAAUAGCUACCACGCCAUCGCCGACAAACAAUGCGAUGACGAAUCAUCAGCACAACCACCAGACGCCACCAUCACCAUCGCCAUCGCCACCGCAACGUCAGUCAAAACAAAUCGCUAACUAUGCGGCGGUGCGAAGUAGUGUGCAACGCGCCACACCGCCACGGCAAGCAGACGUGACGAGAAACGACGGUGCGGCAAAUUCGACGCGUCUACCGCAGACACCAAAAUCGCCACGCAUGAUCCAUCGUCUUGUAGCUGGUCACAUACAAAACGCUGAGGGUCGUUCCACCUACCAAGUCUCUGCCGUAACCACAAAUAGCUCGAUUAGUAAUUCGACUACACAAAAGCCAGCCUACAGUCAUUAUGUACGCGGCAAAGCAGGACAAUUGGCCAUGAGCAGUUCUUAUCGUUUAACCAAAGUGAGCACAACUACAGCGUUACCAACGUACACCGCGACAACAACAACAACAACAACUUCGAAACCAUAUAUUUCAAGAAGAGAUCGGGAGGACUUUGCGGUAAGCGACGACGACAAUGACAAUGGCGAUGAUGAGGCGCUACUGGAAGAUGAAGGUGAUUUUGAUAAUUGGGAUAACGGUAUAUUACGUCUUAGUGCAGGGUCGGGUAAAGAGAAUACCGUUAAGUCUAAGAAAAGUAAAGAUGAUUCAAAGAAAACACUUUCGGAUCAAGUGCGAGAUGGUAAAUAUGGCCUAAUCGAAAAGGAGCUAUUUCGUCGACCACCCAAAAGACCCGGUGUACUAAGUUAUUUACCAAACAAGGAGACGCCAAUAGAUAAUGAGCGUACAUUCGGUGGUUUAAAUGAGGAGGAUAUUUGGUUGGCGGAAGAUCAUUUGCUAGUAAUCAAGGGCGGUAGCCUUAACGAGGGCGAACCCGAGGAGCCGUGGCCGCCCAUCGAUGAUUAUGAUGCGCCCGGUCGGCAAAUUAAAUUGCCACCGAAUCCGAAAGUGCCGCCACCAUUUCCCGUCCAGCUCGAGGAGAAUGGCCCGCUACAGUUUAUCGGAAAUAAUAAAUUCACGGUCGUCUAUCCGAUCGCUAACGAAUCGAUAUCAGUUUAUCCCGCCGGCCCGGAAACCAACUACCCAUCGGCCGAAAAUGAUAGUGACAACGAGAAGAAUCUUCUUACCCGGCCGGGAACGGCUCAAGAUGCUGCACAAGGUGAACCGGGUUAUGUCUACCCGGCGCCCUAUCCGCCAUGGCUCUAUCACAACCAAACGUUUGUCAAUCCAUUCUUAACCAAUGCACGUCCAAUAACAUUCCCCAACUUGGGGCCGUUCCCCAUAGCGCGCAAUGGUUCUUCGGAUAGCGCAAAUGGCACGGAUUACUUUGACGAAGAUGAUCCAUCGCUAUAUUAUCCACCAGCGUAUACCUUUGUUUAUAGAAGUAAUUAUACAAAUCCAGUGCCACCCGGUCCCUUAGUGCCAGGUAUUGUGUUACCACCACCGCCUAACCAGUUCAGCCGUUUGGAGAAGACGGAGAAAGUGCACACUGCAGCUCCACCGUCCAGAUACCGCGGUUAUGGCCCUACCUCCACCAGCACGAGCACAACACCCACGACCACAAGUACCACCACUAGCACCACAUCGACUACGACUACUUCUACCACCACUGCAGCACCGCCAUAUCGACCAAAAGUUAUUACGAAAAUACAUCAGUACUCGCCGAAAACGAUUAUUAUUACACCGGAGCCACCACGCGCCAUACAACACAUACCACAUGUGGUGCCACCGAGCAAACUACCUCCUCCUCCUGAGCCAACACCCACAGCAGCGCGCCCUGAAAUUAUCGAAGCCAUUCCAGUUCCAGUGGCAGUUCACAUACCCAUCUUCCCAGGUAACAAAUAUCCUCAAACUCGUCCGAAUGCCAUUCCCUACGAGGCCACAACGCCGCGAAACAGUCAAGAGCCACUAUCAAAAUCUAAUCCCAUCUACUAUGAAUACUUUGAGGCUAAGCGUCAACCGAGCGGUGUCACUACAAAUGUUAUCGAUGACUUCCUCUCCACAACCGAAAAGCCAGUGUUGGCGAAACCAAUCAAAUUGUACCCCACCAGCAAACGACCAUUCAAAUCACAAGCACAGAAUCAACGUAACUACUUGCCACCACAACGUCAAUACUUGCCACAAGAUGUGGUCUACAUCACACCCAAACCAGAGCCCGUACGCUAUAAGCGCCCACCGCCACCUCCUGUACCAGUCGAGGUACCAGUUUACAAACCACGUCCGCUAGAAAACUUCGAGGAGGAGGUGAAUGCGAUACGUGAGACGCUGCGCUAUUAUCAAAACCAACAGCUACGCGAUAAUAGCAUACCACGCACGCCCAAAGCAAAACCGAUUUACGAGUUCAGUUUUGAUGCGUCGAAGAAUUUGGAGCCUGCACAACCAACGGCGAAUGCAGCAGAUUUUCAGCCGCCGGCAGAAUAUGAUGAAGCGCCAUUCAAACCAAUGGUCACAUACAGUCCACCAGUGGACGAUGAGAACUCCUUCCACGCCAUAGAAUUGGAAAAGACACGUCAGACACAGCAGCAACAACAACAGCUAUCCGAGGAAGAGCAGUAUACGCGACAACAGCAACAACAAACACAACAACGUUAUCAAUCGACCACCACACUAGUGCCCAUACAACCCGAUACGCCAUAUCAACAGUCACCGCCCCAGCUCGGUCGUCCAAAGAAAUUACGUUUGGGCGCCAAAUAUCUACAACAAGCACCACUCUUGCCAGAAUAUCGUUCCGCCGAACCGGAGCUGGAACAAUAUGUUGGUAAUAAGAGAACGCACGUAGCAACGCCGUGGGUAUCACUCAAUCAACAGCCGCAGGAGUUGAAUGAUUAUGCGCCACCACAACGCCAACAACAACCAGCGCUGUACCAACGUAUUGAACGGCCACCGGUCGCCUACUCACCCAAGCAACGCGGUUUCCCGGGCUAUUACUAUGGUGGACCAGCGCUGCAUGCUCGUCAAAACAAUCGUUUCUAUGAGGAGCCAUUCCAACAGCGACGCAUAGUCAAUUAUCGCCAACCACCGCCACCGGCGCCACCACAACAACAGCAAGCGCAAACUCUGUGGAGCUUAGAGAAUGAUACUUAUGUGAAUUACGCACCAAAUCGUCCGCCACUCAAUCCAGAUGCUGAAUAUAUUAAUCCCUAUCAACCGGGUUUACCAUUAAACCCAUACCCUGCGCAGCUGCAACGUUACAACGCAGCACAACAACAGCAGCAACAACAGCAAGCGCCGGUGCCACUCUCACAUCAAUCACAAUAUUACGGCCAUGUGCCAUUGCAACAACAACAACAGCAACAACUACCACCGCAGCGUCAAUAUCAACAGCAGCAGCAGCAGCAGCAACAACAACAGCAGCAGCAGCAGCAAAUACCUCUACAUCGUGACAUACUCGUCAACUACCGACAACCUCUACCGCCCAUCAAUCCAGACAGUGAAUAUAUUUCGCAUCCGCAAGUUGUGCGUCCUCACAUCGCCUAUUCGCCCAUAUAUCGUGCCAAUCCCUAUCAGCGGCCACUGCCGCCACAACUGACGGCGACGGGCGAACAGGACGGUCUCUACUAUAUAGCGCCGAAAUAUCGACGAUCCAAUAAUAGCAACAAUGGUAACGGCAGGAGUAGCAGUGACAGCGACAACAACAGCAACAACAACAGCAACAACAACAAUGACAAAGAGGCAGAGAGCGAACGCAGUCAAAGUAAUAGAGCGGACGAAAGCCAGGCGAAAGCCAAUACAAAAACGCAUACAUCAACGUCAAAGCGUGACAGCAAUACCAAUAGUAACGGUAAUACAAAGUAAAGAGUGUGAAAGCAAAGCGACAAAAUACGGUUUGAUUUGGGUUAUAAGUAUACGCAGCCAAUUGAAUGCCAUUAAGUGCACGCACUGAUGGGUGUCUGUGAGUGUGUUUUUGGCUGAGCGGUGGUUUUUGGAGUGUCUGAAUGAUGUAAGCUUACGCGUUUUCGGUUAUUCGCGCUCUCCUUAAGGUACUGACCCAAAGCGCGCGCUUGCUUUGAUUACUCUAAAACUGUUCCAUAGUAAGUUGAUUGCGAAAACCAAAUGCUUCAAGCGUUUUGAAAUAUUUGA